AUGGCGUCGGUCGCCGCUUGGCUGCCGUUCGCCCGCGCCGCCGCCAUCGGGUGGGUGCCCAUCGCCACGCACCCGCUGCCACCACCGCCGGUGCCAAAAGACAGACGCCGCGCGGAGGACGAGAAGCUCCUCAUAAACGUGUCGGGCCGCCGCUUCGAGACCUGGCGCAACACGCUCGAGAAGUACCCCGACUCGCUCCUCGGCUCCUCCGAGCGCGAGUUCUUCUACGAUGAGGACAGCCGCGAGUACUUCUUCGACAGGGACCCGGACAUAUUCCGGCACAUACUCAACUACUACCGCACCGGUAAGCUGCACUACCCCAAGCACGAGUGCCUCACCGGGUACGACGAGGAGCUCGCCUUCUUCGGGAUACUGCCGGACGUGAUCGGCGACUGCUGCUACGAGGACUACAGGGACAGGAAGAGGGAGAAUGCCGAGAGGCUGAUGGACGACAAGCUGAGCGAGGCGGGCGACCAGAGUCUCCCGCAGCUGACGGACCUGAGACAGAAGAUGUGGCGCGCGUUCGAGAACCCGCACACGUCCACCGCCGCGCUCGUGUUCUACUACGUGACGGGGUUCUUUAUCGCCGUGUCGGUUAUGGCAAACGUUGUGGAGACAGUGCCCUGUGGCCACAGGCCCGGGCGGGCGGGCACCCUGCCCUGCGGGGAGCGCUACAAAAUAGUCUUCUUCUGCCUGGACACCGCCUGCGUGAUGAUAUUCACAGCCGAGUACCUGCUGCGGCUAUUCGCGGCGCCCGACCGCUGCAAGUUCGUGAGGUCUGUCAUGUCCAUAAUCGACGUGGUCGCCAUCCUGCCGUACUACAUCGGGCUCGGCAUCACAGACAACGACGACGUCUCCGGCGCCUUCGUCACCCUGCGCGUGUUCAGGGUGUUCCGCAUAUUCAAGUUCUCGCGGCACUCGCAGGGUCUGCGCAUUCUCGGGUACACGCUAAAGUCGUGCGCCAGCGAGCUCGGCUUCCUCGUGUUCUCGCUGGCGAUGGCCAUCAUAAUCUUCGCCACGGUGAUGUUCUACGCGGAGAAGAACGAGCAGGACACGAACUUCACAUCCAUUCCCGCCGCCUUCUGGUACACCAUCGUGACAAUGACCACGCUCGGG